GCACCCGCGAAAGAGGCGAGUUCUAAACCACACCUAAACCACCUCUGAUGUGACGCCCUGCGGGGAGAAGCCUGUGGGGAGGACUCUCUGCCUGCAGACCAGGAAGGCAGGGGGUGUGAAGAGCGGCUGCCCGCCCGCCGGGAACUGUGUGAAGCCCCCCUCCCUGCGCACUGUUGCGAAGCACCCUUGGGCACCAUCACUGCCACUCCUGCUGCUCCAGCUCACAGGACUCAGGAGCCUCUUUGUCCCUCAGAACCCGCAAGCCCAGCUCUGGCCCAUGGAGCCCUGUCGGUCCCUGGCCCUGCUCGCCGGCUCCUUGGGCCUGGCGUCCUCCCUGGUGGCCAUCAGCACCGACUUCUGGAUAGUGGCUGUGGGGGUGACCUCAGCUCACUCGGGCCUCUGGCCAAAAGGGGGCCAGGACGAUCCAGUCAAAGGCUACAUCCACGUGACACAGAGCUUCUGCAUCCUGGCCGCCCUGUGGGGCCUGGUGGCCGUGGGUUUCCUGGUGCUGUCCUGCAUCCCUUCGCUGUCUGUCCCCCGCCGCGGGCCUCUGGUCUCCACCGUUAUGGCGCUUGCUGCAGCCCUCUCCAUGCUGGUGGCCAUGGCGGUCUACACCAGUGAACGGUGGGGCCAGGCUCCGCACCCCCAGGUCCAGACCUUCUUCUGCUGGUCCUUCUACUUGGGCUGGGUGUCCGCUGUCCUGUUCCUCUGUGCAGGUGCCCUGAGUCUGGCCGCCCACUGCGGUACCCAGCGGCCCGGCUACGAAAGCUUGUGAGCAGACCGGGAGAAGGCCGUGAGGAGCGUGAGAACAGGGCCCGGAAGUCUCCUCAGGCGCCAUGGGAAGGAGGGCUUGGCGCGGCCUCCAUCCCUCCCUCCAAGCCCACCCCCCUUCAUUCACUGCUUCACUCGGUCAAUAAAAAAUUUGCCAACAUCUGGUUCUGCCAAGGUUAAUUCGGUCAAGGCAUAAGCUACUAGCUGGGAGGCUGAGGCAGGAGGAUCGAA